GGUUAGCCUUGAAGCAUCGUCGCAGUCACGUUAUAUCGGUUUGGUGUAAUUGAACGUUUCUGAAAGGAACGUCUUAGAAUAUCUCAAGCAUCUUGGAAUAUCUUCAGCAUCUCGGUUGUGGCCGACAUAAGCGGUAUAUUAAAUACAUUUAUCUUUACUGAAAAGAAAAAGGAGAGAGAGAGGCCAGCAAAAAUAGUCGACAUCGAACAAGGAAUCGACAAGGAAAAACAUCAGAUUCAUCGGAAUCUACAUCGCCGUGCACUUCGAAGAUAACAGUAUAACCGUCAAACAACAAAAAUGAAGUGCUUGUACGUUAGCAUUAUAUUUUUUGCGUGUAACUACGUAAUAUGGGGUCAAGAUUUGGUAUUUCCAGUUGACGAGGAAGCAUCUCAUGUCAGCGGUGGUAAUAAAACGGUAAUCACAGAACGUAUACCGGUUUCAAUACCGAAUGAAUGCCCAAAAAAUAUGCUCCUCUACCCUGGCGACGGCAUAAAGAGCGCUUGGGUGUGCGACUGUAGAUCUCGAUUCGUUUACUUCCCAAUGAAUGAUUCCUGCCACGAGGUGUACCGGCAAGGUCCUUGUCCAGUGUACCAAUACGUUGUCCUACCGGAGGGUGAGGCAGUGCCACGUUGCGAGACGAAUCCUUGCUUUAUAGACGGCGCAGUACCGUUUAAUGGCACGUGUCAUCUUCUCGGAUCGGCUGAUGGGCCCUGUGGGUCCGACGCGGUAUUAGGAGUAAAUGAGACCACCUUCCAAUUGGAGUGUAUAUCGAAGGAGAUUGUGCCCUUUGUCAUAAUCGAUACGCCCAAUAAGAUCUGUCCGCCGGGCAGCCGUAGAAGCACGCUCGGCGAGUGCAAAAAACUGGGUUAGAAUAUGACGCAUUACACACCAUGAGAUACAUCACAAUAACUUUGAUAUAUUGUUACAUCAUAGUUCACAUGCAUUCACAGGUCAGGAUAUAGCUAUAUGCUUGAAUGAUGUAUCAAAUAAUAAUAGACUAACAAGUUCAUCUCUUUUCCUGGUGUAUACUUGAUAGAUUUGUGUAUAUUAUCUUAUAUAUUACAUAUACAUACAUAUGUAUAUGCUGUGUGUAUGUAUCAUGUACACACAUACACACACACACACACAGACAGCAGCACAUAUAUACAAUUUAUAAUCAGAGAAAUAUAUGCAAAGAAAUAGAGUA